AUCCCCUCAAGAUGACAAACAGUUCUACCUUCUGCCCAGUUUAUACAAACCUGGAGCCAUUCACAUAUUUUUUUUAUUUAGUUUUCCUUGUUGGAAUUAUUGGGAGCGGAUUUGCAACUUGGGCUUUCGUACAAAACAAGACAAAUCACAGGUGUGUGAGCAUAUACUUGAUCAAUUUGCUGACAGCCGAUUUCCUGCUCACCCUGGCAUUACCAGUGAAAAUCGUUGUCGACCUGGGAGUGGCACCCUGGAAGCUGAAGAUCUUCCACUGCCAAGUGACAGCCUGCCUCAUGUACAUUAAUAUGUACUUAUCGAUUAUCUUCUUAGCAUUUGUCAGCAUUGAUCGCUGUCUUCAGUUGACCUACAACUCCAAGGUUUAUCGGAUACAAGAACCUGGAUUUGCCAAAAUGAUAUCGACCGUGGUGUGGCUGAUGGUCCUUCUUAUAAUGGUGCCCAACAUGAUUAUCCCCAUCAAAGACAUCAAGGAGAGGCCAAAUGUAGGAUGCAUGGAAUUCAAAAAGGAGUUUGGCAGAAACUGGCACCUGCUGACAAAUUUCAUAUGUGUAGCGAUAUUUUUAAAUUUCUCAGUCAUCAUCUUAAUAUCUAACUGUCUUGUCAUCCGACAACUCUACAGAAACAAAGAUAAUGAAAAUUAUCCAUAUGUGAAAAAAGCCCUCAUCAACAUACUUUUAGUGACUACGGGCUAUAUCAUAUGUUUUGUCCCGUAUCACAUUGUCCGAAUCCCAUACACUCUGAGCCAAACAGAGGUAAUAUCUGAUUGCCCAACCAGGAUUUCACUCUUCAAAGCCAAAGAGGCCACACUGCUCCUGGCUGUGUCAAACCUCUGUUUUGAUCCUAUCCUGUACUAUCAUCUCUCAAAAGCAUUCCGCUUAAAAGUUACCAAGACUUUUGCUUCACGUAAGGAGACCAAGGCUCCAAAAGAAAAAUCAAAUGGUGAAAACAGUGCAUAAAAUGUGGGAUUUCUCACUGCUAAGUAAGACCAUAAGUACUAGGAAAGAGAGAAAAGUGCCUUAGUAAAAUACAGCUAGCAUAUGUGGCCUGGUUUACUGAGAAUGUAAGUCAAGCAGUACUCUUGUGGUUGUUAAUAAUCCUAAACUCAAAUAUUUGUACAAAAAAACCAAAAGAAAAAAAAAAAAAAAGAUCCUGUUGAACCAAU